AACAGAUCACUGAUCAUGCACACAGCACACAGGUAAUACACUGCACAUACGUGUGUGUGUGUGUGUGUGCACUCUAUGCAGCACGGUGAACAUAACCUUCAGUCUUCUAAAAUGUGUUAUUAUUAUUUUUAAUAGUUGAAUUUCGUAUAUUGAAAAUGUGCUGUACAUUAUUGUCUGAAAAGAAAAAUAAAUAAAAUCAAGUCUAACACAGUAUUUUUACCACCACAAAAUGCCGGAACGAAUUGAAAUAUCUGUGAUUCCUCAAGACUUGAGGCAUGAAGAAACAAUUGUACAAAUUGCUGAGGCAUUGGACAAUUUAAAUUUUGCCGUUGACCACAUUUUUGAUUCCAUAAAUGAAAGGAUUUCUGAAAACAACAAAAGACUUGGAGUAAUACACACCAGGGCUACAAAACUGCAGGGUCGACUAGACUAUCUUCAAACUAAUUUAAAGUUAAAAGCUGUGAAGAUGUAUUCUGCAGCAAAAUAUCCAGCAAAUCAUACUUAUAAGGAAUACAAAUUAGCUGUGCAACCAAAAUCAAGGAAAGAAAUUCUGAAUAAUUGUAUUUAUAAAAGUCCUGUUUCAAUAUCAGAUAAAUUCGAUACGCCAUUAACCAGCAACAGUAAAGUGGAAAAUGGCCAAUAUGCAAGUAAUUUAAACAUGCAAGAAAAGUUACAGUUUUAUUACGUGAAAUCAAAACCAAGUAAAAAAACCAAGGACUAUGAAGUUGAUGUAGAUCAAGCAAGGCAUAAUAAUGUCUCCUCUGUUGAUGCUCUCCUACCGUUCAACAAUAAUGCAUCCCAAAAUAUUGUUAAUAUACAAUCAGUGCAAUGCGAAGAUAAAAGUCAAAUUGAAGAUGCACCCGACUCUAUAUUGCAACCUUGGCAUACUGCCGAUAUGGAGUCUCCAUCAACCUAUUUAUAUGCACCAGCUUUAGGAGAGGUGCCGCAAAUGAAUGUACCACUUACAUUGCCUGAUUUACCAGGCAUAGUUGACGAUGAACGCUUUACACUUGACUUAACUUUUCAGAAUCCUAUUGCACCCUCGUCUGCAAUAGCCACCCCAAUUAGUCGUAAAGAUCCUCCGACCCUGCCGAUUACAGAGCAAAACUUAGAAAAACGCCAAUCCAGCGAAAAACCCAUUCCCAAAGACCAAAGUUCAUCUUUACCAAGUUCAUCCACUUUACAUUCCGUUCAAUCUAAAGCUGAACUUCCAAUAGAUUCUAGUCCUAUUACUCCAACAACUUUCAACACAUUUAGUCCACCACCGCCUCCGCCGCCACCACCACCACCACCACCUCCUCCUCCAGUGUCACCCCCAGAAGAGGAGGAAAAAAAAGCAGCGGAAAAGAAACCAACAAAAAAAACGAUAUCAAUAAAACCAUCUGCAGGCGAUGAUAGAAGCAACCUCAUGGCUGCCAUUCGCGAUGCCGGUGGUCUUGGUAGGGCUAAACUACGACAUACCGUAGCCGCUGACAAGGCCAAGGACCGAUGGUCAUCAGCUUCGGUCGGUGGUGACCUCAUGGCCGACCUGCACGCGACUCUAUCCCUAAGACGAAGGGGUAUUGCAGGUUCGGCCACCAACGCUCUUGUCAGAAUGUCUAGCAUGAUUCCUCCACCUCCCAAGCCCAAUGAGUCCUCGGCCUCGGACCGGAACUCCGCGACAAGCGAGUGCGAGUCCCAGGAUGACGACGGCUGGGAAGAGUAAUGUAGACAAAUGCGCGUUUGAUAAAAUAAAUAUAUCUGUUAUUGUUAUCAUUUUGUUUAACAUCUUUCGUAGGUCGCUUACGAGAAAUUCUUUGUACAACGUGUAUUGUGCGGCAUUACGUAUUUUACAAAAAGAUCGCAUUUAGUGGAUCUCUAUAUGCUUAACUAUUUGAUGCGCAAAUUAAAUUGCGUAGAAUAAAUACCGAGUAUAAAACUCACAUUUAUACAGAGUCAAAAAUAUAUACGAUAAUAUUCAGAAGUAUAAAAAAUAAACCAAUCCAAAUUAACAUGGUCAAUAAAUUAUUCAUAUCAUCCAAUUACAGAGAGUAAUCAAGGACCUUGCAUAAAAAUAUAAUAUACAAUAACCACCAUGCCCUUUUUUGAUAUGUUUGUUCAUAUUCAAGCUAUAUUUUACUAGUAUGCCAUGGAUGAUAGAGAUAUAAGGUUUUAUAUGUUUAAGUGAAGAAACAUAAGAAACUGUAUUAAUUAUAUGACACUAGCACUACAAUAUAUGAAUAACUCGUCUGUCACAAUGUAUAUAAUUGCACAUAAAUAUUUAUACCUAUAUAAAAAUUGUAUUUACUUUCAAA